UAAAUGGCUCCCGACCCUUCGAGGCGCUUCACUGCCCUGUUGGCCGCUCGUUAAUUGCUCCGAUCUCGUCUCGCUAAUUGCUGGGGAUGAGCAGAGCGACGUGGAGCUCUGGCUGCUGCCAGAGAGGAGGAGGAAGAGGAGGAGAUCAAGAGGUUUGGGAUGAAGCACACCAUUGUGGAACGUCCCUGCAACACCCUUUUCUCCUCGGCUCUUCCGCGAGUGACUUUUUCCAAGGAAUAAUUGAGGAUUUUUGGGGGUGUUUUGUGCCUCCCCGCUGAGGCGGAGCCUUCGCUGCGGGAGGAGAAGCUGGUUCCCUCCCAACAUCCCAGGGAUGGAUGUUUUCCUGGGAUCCACACGUCGCCGUCAUCCCAUCCUGGCCUGGAAAAGGAGCAGCUUUUCUCAUAUCUGACACUUUUUUUUCCUCACAAUUCCGGAGGGAUUUCCCGGCCAAAACUGGCAUCUGGAUGAGGAGGUGGCUCCCUGGGAGGGGAAGGAGGCGUCCCCCCGGUGUCCCUCUGGGCGCAGGGAGAAAUCCCUUCCCCGUCACUUUUAAUUAAUGAAAACCCAAUUUCUGCUGAGUUUAGGGCAGGAAUAUUUCCCUCACGAGCUGUAGGUUUGGCAUUUUCCAAGGCCGCUACCCUUUCUCAACUGUUUCAUUGAUUUUUUUUGUUUUUUUUUAUUAUUAAUUAGCCUAAUUGGCAAGUGGAUUUUUAUUACUGUUUUUGAUCUCUUCAGCCCGUUUUGGGGGCUUUAAACCAAAACUUUUCUGAGUUUCUUCUCUCCCCAUAAAUGAUUCAGGGCCCAAAUUUCCUCGGUUUUGGGGCUCUCACGUCGCCGAGGGGGGGGUAUUUUAAUAACGAUAAUUUUCACUAAUUAAGUAGAACCUAAGGAAAGUGUAAUUCCUCAGAACCGCCCCCCUCGCUCAGCUCUUACACGGGGCAAACAAGCUAUAAUUUCUGUAAGGGGCUAAUUAAAGGUUUUACUGGGCUAAUCAGCCUGCGCUUUAAUUAGCACCAAAUGGUAAUCGCUUGCUGAAAUGUAAAUUGACUUCAGGGCUGCCUGUUACGGGAGUGUGUGCCCCCCCAGCUCCGGUGGAUCGUUAAAACCUCUGAGCCUAACGAAGCAGGAGGAGAAUCACCCGGCGCUGAAUUUAAUCUUUUUUUUUUUUUAGCUUUUAUUUCCCAUUUUUCUGAGUCCAGAAUCCGUCCCUCCUGAGAACCUGAGGGUGUUUUUACCCUCAUUUAAUGCCAUAUUCCGGCAGCGGGAGAGGGAGCUGAGCCUCCAUCACUCUCCAAAACCCUGCCGGAGCCUCGUUAAGGACAUGUUAAUUAACACCCCGUGCAGAGGAGAGCUCAGGGAGGGUUCCCCGGUUUUGGGGAACCCAAACACGCCGCACGAUUGGUGGGUUUUGGGCUGAAAUGACACCCUUUCAGUUAAAAAAAACCAAACAAAACCUACCCUGUUUUCUGCAUGGCAGGACGGAAUUUCCAUCUUUUGGGGUCUUUUCACCUGGAUUUUGCUGCUUCCCUAGGGCUUUCCAGGCUGGGAAACCAAGUCCCCGUGCGUUCAUUCCGUCUUAUUAAUCAUGGUGUUAAUUAUUCUCUGAUGCCCUUGGGAUCCCAGGAGCAGGGAUCACAUGAAGGAGGAACUUCCCAGCUUAGGGGAAAAAAUACUGGUUUUGGGGAAAGUGGCAGUUAAAAAGUGGAAUUUUGUGUUCUAUCCUGCACCCAGGGGCCACCUGGGGAGGCAGAGAGGAGCCAGAGGAUCAAUUUGGGUCUGAAAAAGAUGAAUUCUCCCCAACCGCCCUCCCAGAUUUCACCUCCCGGGACGUCCCUCCGUGCGCCUGAUUCUGCUUUUGAGGCAGAAAUUGGGGUCCCCAGCGCUUUUUUUUUUCCCGUUAUCUCUGGAAAUGGAGAUAAGGGGAAUGGGAGCUGAAGCUUCCAGGUGGGGGAACAGUGGGAAUGGUCUGUUUCAGGGGGUUUAGGGGAGAAUUUCUGGGAGCUGAGUGCGAGGGUUCUGGAUGGGGAGGGUCGUACCGGUGCCGUGAAUCUUUAGAGAACCAGGUAAAAUUGGGUUUUAGCCCAAAGGAUGCGAAUCUUUUCCCCGGAGCUUUUCAUUGUUGCCUUCCCCCCGGAGGAGCUGCUUUAUCCUGCUCUAUCGGAGGGGGAACCUCAAAGAGGGACCCGAGUCCUGGUUGUUCUGGGUGGAAAAAGGGGCAAAAAAACCCCUAAUUUCAGUGGGGUUUCGGCCCUGGUGUUGCUGGAAACUGGGAGGUUUGGUGUUUGCGCCAUUCAGAAAUAAUAUUUUUGGACGUUUUAUUUUUUUCCGCCUUAAACCCUGGCUCUGCCGGGGGCUGGGCUUUGCCGUUUCUUCUCUCCCGGCUCUUCCCGGCCUGAUCCUGCGGAGUCGAGGCGAUUGUUGCCAGUGUAAAUGAAACAGGGGUGGUUUAUCCCGCACAGGACGAGCCAGAGCCAGCUGGGCCAGUUCCACCGGGUGAAACCAACCACGGGCCCGAGCCCUUUGGCUUCCACCCUCUCCCCCCCGCCUCUCCAGGCAGGUCUCCGCCGCUUUCCCUUCGGAUCCGGCCCUUUCCCCGAUCCCCCAGUUCCCGGAGAAUGUGAGGCCGCGGAGGAGAAAAACCAAAAAACCUUGGUUUUCCAGCCAGGAGGAGCUUUGGGAGCAGUCGCCGUAGUUGCGGCAGCUCCCGAAGACGUGGGGGAUCCGAGGGGGUCGGAGCUGCCAGUUUUCCCUCCCCACCCCAGAAAAAGAGCUUUGGGAUGAAUUCACUGCUUUUUGGGGAUGGAAUCACUGCGGCCGUGACUCUCGAGCACCUUUCUCUUUGUGAGCAUCACCCGAAAAUGCUCCAGCACCGACGGAUCCCGGCUCAGGAACCCCCGGAGCUGCCAUCGGAGACCCCUGGAGCCUCGGGCUCCUCCGUCCCGGUGAUGCCAGGAACAGCAUAAGGUUGUCACUGGUGAAAUUGAGGAGGAAAACCCCCCAAAACCCCAAAAGAGGUUUUCUGAGCGGCCGUGGCCAUGUUCAGCAAGAAGAAGAAGCGCUUGGAGAUCUCGGCCCCUUCCAACUUCGAGCACCGGGUCCACACGGGCUACGACCAGCAGGAGCAGAAGUUCACGGGGCUGCCCCGGCAAUGGCAGGGCAUCAUCGAGGAGUCGGCCAAGCGCCCCAAGCCUUUGGUGGACCCCGUCUGCAUCACCGCCAUCCAGCACGGCUCCCAGAAGUACCCCAAAGCCUCCGAGGGGGAGGGCUGGGGGGAUUCCCCCCCCGAGAGGGACUCGGAGCCGCCGGCCGAGCGGGUGGUGCGACGGGAGCGCCCCGAACCUUCCGAAAAACGCCCCAAAUCCACCUACACCCCCCAGAGCGGCCCCCAAUCCCCCCCCCGGGACAAACGCCCCCUCUCCGGCCCCAAUAUCCGGACUCCCAACAUCCCCGUCUCCGAAGGGGUGAUGAAGACGGCUCAGCAGACGGGACGGCCUUUUAAUACCUACCCCCGAGCCGACACCGACCCCGGCAGGGCCCAGGCGGAGCACCGGCCGGGACGCCCCCAGGAGGUGGCCACCAACGGGCCAGUGACCAGCAGCAGCGGGGGGGCCGGUUCCUCCCGAGCCCCCCCCACGGGCCCAACGCGCUCCAAAAACCCCGACCCCGCGGAGCACCGGCCGGGACGCCCCCAGGAGGUGGCCACCAACGGGCCAGUGACCAGCAGCAGCGGGGGGGCCGCCCACGCCUCGGACCCCCAACUGGCUCGUGUCCCCCCCACCGCCGCCGCCGCCACCGCUGGCCCCACGCCUGCCCCCCAACAGCAGCCUCGCUCCCCCCAACGGGAACCCCAGCGCGUCUCCCACGAGCAGUUCCGGGCGGCCCUGCAGAUGGUGGUGGACCCCGGGGACCCCCGCACCUACCUGGAGAACUUCAUCAAGAUCGGGGAGGGCUCCACCGGCGUGGUCUGCAUCGCCACCAUCCGCAGCAGCGGGAAGCUGGUGGCCGUCAAGAAGAUGGACCUGCGCAAGCAACAGCGGCGGGAGCUGCUCUUUAACGAGGUGGUGAUCAUGAGAGACUACCAGCACGAGAAUGUGGUGGAGAUGUACAACAGCUACUUGGUGGGCGACGAGCUCUGGGUGGUGAUGGAGUUCCUGGAGGGGGGCGCCUUGACCGACAUCGUCACCCACACCAGGAUGAACGAGGAGCAGAUCGCUGCCGUCUGCUCAGCCGUGCUGAAGGCCCUCUCCGUCCUCCACGCCCAGGGCGUCAUCCACCGCGACAUCAAGAGCGACUCCAUCCUCCUCACCCACGACGGCAGGGUGAAACUCUCCGAUUUUGGGUUCUGUGCCCAAGUCAACAAGGAGGUGCCGCGCAGGAAGUCGCUGGUGGGGACCCCCUAUUGGAUGGCGCCGGAGCUCAUCUCCCGCCUGCCCUACGGCCCCGAGGACCCUCAUGGAGGAGGAGGGGGUGACAGUGGUGGGGACCUGCCCAAAGAUUCCCUGGGGGGGGCCCACUUCCUCCCCCCUGCCCCCAAUAAAGUACCCAUGGGGCAGGACCUGCUGCGGCCUCCAGGCUUUAUUGGCUGCCAGGUUGGAGGGGGGGGGCAAAAAGGGAGUGGCACCUUGACCCGCGUGGACUCACGGUGGCUUGUCUUGGCCCUCGUUGGCUCGUCUUCUUGGCCAAGAUUCACUUGUGUUGGCUCACGUUGGCCCAAGUUGGCCCACGUUGACUUGUGUUGA